AUGAGUAACUCUGGUGACCCCAUCAUCCGAAAGCGCAGUGAGGAUGUGAUAGAUAUCAUGCAGUUAUCGCAACAGCAUUCCAGAUCGCCGCAGAAUGCCUCAUCAUCUGAAUCUAUAGGAAUCUUAGUUAUGGGUCUCACUGGUGCUGGAAAAAGCACAUUCAUUUCCCAGCUCACCAAUCAAGACGCUGAGAUUGGGCAUUCACUAGAAUCAUGUACUACCGAUAUCAUUCCUUAUGAGUUCCGUAGAAGUGACGGACGGAAACUCUAUCUUAUCGACACACCAGGAUUCGAUGAUACCAACACAGACUACGCAGGGGUGUUUAAGAAGAUUGCAUCUUUCCUCUGCACACUAUGUGAUCUCUAUGGCAGUGGACUUACCAUUGGCGGAAUGAUUUAUGCUCACCGAAUCACUGAUGUGCGAAUGUCAGGAUCUUCAGUCAAGAGCUUACGAAUUUUCGAAAAGAUUUGUGGCGAGCAUUGCUUCAAGCAUGUCACCGUCGUUACAACCAUGUGGGAUUUGAUCAAGACUCAGGAAGCAAUCGACGCAGCAACGGUACGCGAAAACACGUUGAAAGAACGGGAAGAGUUUUUUGGCACAUUGAUAAGAUCUGAUGCUCGUAUGGAGAGGCACUACGGCGAAGACAGCGCGCGACAAAUCGUCGAAAUGCUUGCUGACAGGCAAAGACAUUUUUCUCUACAACUACAGCAAGAGAUGAAACAAAGCAGAACGAUGACUCUGGAGAAAACAACGGCAGGAAAGUACUUGGAAGGCGAGCUGGAUAAUAUGCGGAGAAGAUAUGAGAUGCAAAAGAAAGAAUUAGAGGACAGUGUGGAGUCUUGUGAUGACGAUGAUUUCAGGAGCGAAAUUUCAGAAGAGAUAAAGGACUGCACAGCCACGAUGAAUCGACUUAAAGCUGAUCAAGGAAGUCUCUCCGUGACACUCGAAGAUAUGCAAAACGAGCAAAAAGCAUGGUAUACUAGAAAACAUGACGAUAUGCUUCGGGAUAAGAUGUUGGAGGAACAGUCUAUUCGCAUGACCUAUGAGCUUCAGCAAAAAGUUCUCAAAUUGGAAAAGGAAAAGAGGCGACGACUGGAGAAGGAAAUUGCACAAAAUGAAAAGAUGGAGGAGUUGGAGGAGCGUAACAAAAGACUUGAGGCAGCCCAGAAAGAACUUGAGGAUCAACAAGCCUUGCGAGAAAGGGUGAAGAAAAAGAGAAGUCACCAGUUUGAUUGGGUAGCAAGGAUGCUCGCAUUUCUCGCAUCACCUGAAAAAGAUCUGAGAGAGCCAGUACCUGUAGCGCGCCGUGCGGACUCAAUGCCCUUGGAGGCGAAAAUAACGAAAAAGUCACCGACAAAGCUGACAAGGGGACAAAGUCAAUCCAGAUAUGGCCAAAACGGGAAAGGGACCACCAAAUAUACGACCCAUGUUGAUGAGCAAGACACAAUGACGUAUUACGUAUCUCCAAAUUCUCAAACACAAUAUUGUCAAGGAUACGAUCACGUUUACCAGCCGGGAUACGAUGCAGUUGGGAUUGGGAAUUCAAAUCGUCCCAGUCAUCCACAACACAAAUAUCUUCCAGUUUAUACGCCAACAACCCCGGGCUAUGCAACUGGUCAAGUUCAAUCAAUACCUGGGCAGGUCAGUAUCGAUCCUUAUGGAUUGAAACGCACUGUACCUCCACCUACAGGUUCUCUCCCGCGAAGAUAUGAUGAUGCCGUACACACAUCCAUACGGCAGCCACCACUUCAAUCUGGCUCAUAUCAUGACAACCAGCCUGAUGAUAUUAUCAUCGCUGUUAUGGGUAUCACUGGCUGCGGCAAAACAACGUUUGUCAAUCUAUUUGCAGAAACGCCGCUCGAGGUCGGUCAUGGAUUGGACUCAUGCACAGUAUCAGUACAAGUGGCAACUUGCAAAGCCGAAGACGGUACAAAGAUUUACCUUGUUGAUACUCCAGGAUUCGACGAUACAUAUCGCUCCGAUUCCGAGAUUUUAAGAGAGGUCGCACUUUGGCUUAACAAAGCCCAUGUGUCGAAUGUAAAGCUCGCGGGUAUCAUAUUCCUUCAGAGAAUUUCAGACUUUCGGGUCGGCGGCAGCGGCAUCAAGAACAUCAAGAUGUUCCAGAAACUAUGCGGAGAAGAGACCCUCGGGAGCGUAGUCUUGGCUACGACGAUGUGGGAACAAGCCGGCGAAAAUGCUGGGAAAGAGAGGGAAAAGCAAUUGAAAAGGGAGCCGCAGCUGUGGAAGAAGAUGAUAGAUCAUGGCAGUAAGGUUUAUCGCCACGACAACGGAAAGGCCUCGGCGACCAAGAUCAUCAACUACUUAAUCUCCAGAAAGCGACCAGUCACACUCGACAUCCAACGCGAAAUGGUUGACGAAGCAAAAGACCUCGUUGACACAGGCGCAGGAAGCGAGCUAGCUUCAACGGUGGAACUUUUGAUUAAGAACUACGAAAAAAAAUUGAAAGAUCUUGAGAAAGAACUACGACAGGCGCGAGAACAGCAUAACAAGGAGGAUCGGGAAAUUCUAGAACAAGCCAGAAAAGAAUACCAAGACGGUCUCGCAAAGCAGCGACAAGAAAUGGUCAACCUGAGAAUCAGCUCAGAGCAAUUGAUUGAGGAUGCGAGAAAACGCUUCGAGGAGCAGGAACAGAGGCAGAGGGAGAACAUGAAACUUCUACAGGAAGCUCACACUAAGGACCUCGAGAAACAACGGAUAUUGGUGCAAAAACAGUUCAGGGAGAGAUAUUUGCGGGAUAUGUCGAAUGCAGCAUGUGUGAUAAUGUAG